GUAAGUAGAACCAGCAAACCUAGGUUUUCAUAAAAUAAUUAAAGGUGAUUUAAAAGUAUUAAAAUAUGAAAUAUGAAAUUUAUUGUGCCCUUUUUCAAAAAAAAAAAAAGUAUGGAAAUAUUUUUAACAUUCUGAUUAAUAUGUGGACACAGAAACAAUAAUGAAAAUUGACAAAGGGUCACGAGACAAUCACGUGCCAAUACGGAGGAAAGAUUUAUUCUUCUCUCUGACUCUGGCAAAAACCCUUCUUUGCGGCGACGGUGGUGGACUUACGUGAAAGUGAAAGAUUACAGCUAUGAACUUCUCCACAAGGCUCGCUGAGAAACUUCCCGGCAUCUUACCGGUGCCGUCUCAUCCUCUCCUGCGUAAAGGAGCUAUCAUCCCCGAGUUAAGAUUCUUUGCAACUGCUUCCCACAGUAGAAGAUUGAGAUUGGGGUUGCAGAAGAAUAAGGUUUGGAGUUUGCAGAGAGCAGAACUCUGUGUAGUGACAAGUUUAUGUAUAGUUCAUCCAGCAACUGAAGCCUAUGCACAAGAAGCUAUCGAAGCAAUCAAAUCCGAGAAAGUCAUCGCUGUGCCUACCGAUACUCUUUAUGGAUUCGCCUGUGAUGCUUGUUCGUUAGAAGCUGUUAACCGAAUCUAUGAGAUCAAAGGCCGGAAGCUCACAAGCCCUUUAGCCAUCUGCGUAGGAGACGUAUUGGAUAUCAAGAGAGUCGCUACAACAAACCACUUACCUCACGGUUUGCUUGAUUCUCUCUUGCCCGGUCCAGUCACGCUCGUCCUUCAACGAGGUGAGUCAAGCAUUCUCGAAAAGUCGUUAAACCCGGGGAUUGAUACUAUUGGAGUCCGUGUUCCGGACAGUGAGUUCAUUAGAGAAGUAUCGAGAGGUUCGGGGAGUGUUUUGGCUCUUACGAGUGCUAAUCUAAGCGGUGAUAGAAGCAGCGUUUGCGUGAAUGAUUUUGAGAAUCUUUGGCAGCACUGUGCUUAUGUCUAUGAUGGUGGUUUGCUUCCGUCGGGUCGUGCGGGGUCAACGAUAGUUGAUUUGAGUAAAGUGGGGAAGUAUAAGAUCAUUAGACCUGGAAGUGCGAAGGAAGCAACAGUGGCAAUUCUUGAGAAGUAUUUGCUGGAAGAGGAAGAAGAUUGUUAAGAGAAGAAAAGAGCUGGUUAAUUAUAUCAUAUGUUCGAAAAGAGAAGACUAUUUGCUAUGGUUCUUACUCGAUCUUUGGUAUUGGGUUUAUCAUAUGUUAUAACCGGCGUCCAAAAAAUUAGAUCUUUGUUAAACAGUUUUUAAAAAGGUUCGGUUUAGGCGUUCGAAAAAUCAAUCUGGUUACUCCUCUAAUCAGUAAUUACUGUCUAACCAUUUUCUCGAACAUUGGUUAUAGGCAUGAUUCAGUGUAACAUGUGAUUUUGAGCGUGUGGGAAGUCCAAAUUUAGUAGUCAGCAUUUGUAAUUUAAAGGAAUUCGUGGACCGUUUUGUAAUUUUAACCACAGCUUGUUAUUGGUCCAUUUGGAAGAUGAAGAAGUUAUGGGAUGUUAGGUACAUCUUUAGGAAAAGGAUCAUGGAGUGUUUGUCUAGAAAUAGUUAGUGAUCUUGUAUGAAUAAUUUCCAAUUAAUUUAAGAAAAACUAGUAGGAAAUUUAAAACGUGUAAAACAUAAAUUAAUUGAGGAAUCUAUUAUAAAUGUUUAAUUAGGGGCUCAAAGAUGAAGAAAAUGUAAUAUAAGGCCUCAAUUUCGAAAUUUAGAACAUUUAAUUUCCACGUCUCCGUUCAAAAAAAAAAACGUUUAUCCACAGAGUUUUAUUUGCUGAGAAGAGAGGAUCAAUCAAUCCCUCUCAAACUCUUCUCACCACUGAUUUUCUUCCUCUCGAACAUUCCCUCGUCUCUAUUUUUGAUUCCUUGGAUCCAACUGUGGUUUCUCAGUUGCGUGUUCUUGCCUCACGCCUGCCUUCAGUUAGCUUGACUCAGUGAG